AUGGCUAAGGUCUGCAGGGAGCUGCAAUCAAAAAACUUUAUGUACAACUCCCCACAGUCGAACAUUCUACCCCUUGAAAUCAUUGAACAUAUUUUAUCUUUCAUUCGUCUCAAAAACUCUUACCAGCCAACUCUCUGGGCUUGCACGCUAGUCUCAAGAGCCUGGUAUUCAGCUAGUAUUCGAUUUCUGUAUGAAAAACCAUACCUUAGUGGAGGUAAUUUUGAUCAAUUUGUUUCGACAAUAUGCCCUUCCAAGAAUGCGCACAUACGCACAAGUCCACUAGCUACUCUCGUACGCCAUCUCGACAUGGGAGGACUAGUACACAAUUCUAGUCGAAGCCUAACAGCUAGACUUCUUGGGCGAUUGAAGGGUAACCUGGAAGCAUUCGUGGCGCCUCAAGUAUCGUUUGCGGUAAAUAGUUUUGCUGCUUUAUGCAAAUGUACAAAACUUCGAUACCUGAAUCUAUCACUCAUUUCGGCGUCUAUAUCAAAUAAGUCACUUUUUCAGACGCUAAAAUCGCUCAUCCACCUUGAAAUAUUAUUCUUUCCCCGGAGUUCAAAUAAAGACUUAGACGCUGCUUCUGAGUUGUACACCUGGCCUCCGCGGCUGAAAGCGCUUCACAUUGCUUGCAGCAUUGAUGAUCAGUUCAUCUUCUAUCAAUUACACAGUGCUCCAAAAACCUUAUCGACAUUAAGUAUUCAACAUUGUCCCCAGCUACGAGCAUCUUCUAUCAAUUUUGCCCUUUCAAAACUUGGUUCAAACUUAGAGCAUCUUGCAAUUCGACAUCCUUUACCCCAAAUAUCUCGUGGAACAUUGAAUUACGUUCUUGAAUAUUGCCCUUCUUUAGUUGCUCUCCGAAUUUCUGCAGACUACAUAACAGAUGAGAUUUUCACCAGGAUCCCCCCAAGCCAUCCCUUGCGGGCCUUAGACUUAGAAUGCUCGCCAUCAGCCGACUCAGAGGUAAACAUUACACCAAAUGCUAUAUUCCAUGCUAUAGAUCAAGAGUUAUUACCUAAUUUACGACGUGUUCGAGUUAGUGCAAGACUAGCUUGGGACUCAACAUUAUUAUUGCGAUCCGAUGCUGUUGACCUUUCUGAGCUAUUGGAGACAAUGGAACUAGAAACCCCCUUGAAUAUGCCAAGCGGUGUUUGGUUUAAUCUUCCUGAUUAG